AUGAGCGACACAGGGCGACAGACAGAGGUUGCACGAGACGAAGCUGCUGCUGAGGCUGGUCCUGGAGCUGCGACCACGAACGCCGUACCCACCAACCAACUUACAGAAGAUAUCGAAAACAACAGCACGUCUUCAGUAUCCACCAAACACGACGAUGUGCCGCCACAGGAAAGACCACAGCUGGAGCGCAAGGACUCAACACCCUUGGAAGAGCGAUCAAAGGGCAAGAUUGCAUUGAUCAUGACGGCCCUGGGCAUGGCUGUUUUCCUAGCUGCCAUGGACGUCACCAUCGUCACAACCGCUCUUCCCACUAUCUCGGAAUAUUUCCACUCGGCCUCUGGCUAUACUUGGAUUGGUUCAGCAUAUCUGCUAGGAAAUGCCUCGAGUGUACCCUUGUGGGGCAAGAUCUCCGACAUCUUUGGUCGAAAGCCUAUUCUGAUGACUGCAAACCUGCUCUUCCUCAUCGGCUCCCUUAUUGCUGCUCUUGCAAACAGCAUUGGAAUGCUCAUCGCUGCCCGUGCCAUUCAAGGUGUAGGUGGUGGCGGUCUGGUCACCCUAGUCAACAUCUGCAUUAGCGACUUGUUCAGUUUGAGAAGAAGAGGCGCCUACUUUGGUAUCAUUGGAGGUGUGUGGGCAUUAGCUUCAGCCAUUGGACCUGUCAUUGGUGGUGUUUUCACAGAAAAGGUUUCCUGGAGAUGGUGUUUCUACAUCAACCUGCCCCUUGAUGGAGCCGCUCUCAUCAUCAUUUUCUUCUUCCUCGACUUGAAGACUCCCAGAACUCCUCUCUGGGAGGGAUUGAAGGCAAUUGACUGGAUUGGAGCUUUGCUUGUCAUUGGCGGCGUGCUCAUGUUUCUNUUUGGUCUCGAAUAUGGAGGUGUGACCUACCCUUGGGACUCUGCAACUGUCCUCUGCCUCAUUAUCAUCGGUGUCUUCACCAUGGGCCUGUUUUUCAUCAACGAGUGGAAGUUCGCCAGAUCGCCCGUCAUGCCUCUCCGCAUUUUCCAGAACUCGAGCAACAUUGCCGUCCUCGGUGUAUGCGCCAUCCACGGCAUGGUCUUCAUUUCAGCAUCAUACUACUUGCCUUUGUACUUCCAGGCUGCUCGUGGCGCUACACCCCUUCUGUCAGGUGUCUACAUUCUUCCACAAGCUUUGUCUUUGUCCUUCGCUUCGAUGGCUACCGGUAUCUUCAUCCGCAAGACUGGUCAAUACCUGCCCGCUAUCUGGUUUGGAAUGGUUUUCCUUGUCUUGGGCUUCGGAUUGUUUAUUGAUUUCAGAGCCAACAGCAGUUGGGCGAAGUUGAUCAUCUUCCAGAUUAUCGCAGGAAUUGGCAUAGCGCCCUUGAUUGCACUUCAAACAAAUGUUCAGCCUAGAGACAUCGCCACUGCGACAGCAACCUUCGGUUUCGUCCGCCAGAUCUUCACGUCCAUCUCCGUCGUCAUCGGUCAAACCGUGUACCAGAAUCAGAUGAACACCAAGACAGCAACCUUGGUGGCAGCCCUUGGCCCACAAGUCGCAGACCAGUUAACAGGGGGAGGUGCUGGUGCCAACACCCAACUCAUCGACAGCCUUCCCCGUGGACAGAAGCAGGUCGCUCAGACUGCGUUUGCAGACAGCCUGCAUCCCAUGUGGAUCAUGUACACGUGUUUCGCAGCGCUCGGUCUAGUUGUCAGUUUGUUCAUCAAGAAGAAGGAGCUCAGCAAGAAGCAUACCGAGACCAAGGUUGGACUUGACGCGCAGCGGGCAAAUGCUGAGGCGCAGGCGCAAGAGGAUGCAGAGAAGAAGACUGCGAAGGAGGCUGCACGAGAGAGAAAGCUGCAUGAUCCCGAAAAGGGCGAAGCAUGA